AUGGUAAAUGGACGGUGUUCUAAACAUUUUCCCAAAAAGUUUGUUGAAAACUCAAAGUUUGAUGCAGAUACUUACCCAAUAUAUAGAAGACGGGAUGAUGGCAAAACAAUUACCAAGAAUGGUAUUCAUUUGGACAACAGAUAUGUGGUACCCCAUAACAGAUACUUGCUUUUGAUAUACAAGGCACAUAUGAAUAUGGAGUGGUGCAAUCAAUCUAGAUCUAUCAAAUACUUAUUCAAGUACGUGAACAAGGGAAAUGAUCGCGUUACUGCUGAAUUUUAUAAAACAACAUCAAAUGCAGAUGGUGUACAAUUAGUCGAUGAGAUCAACAUGUACUAUGCUUGUAGAUACGUUUCUGCAUCUGAGGCUACUUGGCGUCUACUAAGUUUUGAGAUUCAAUGUAGAAACCCGCCAGUUGAGAGGCUUAGUUUCCAUUUACCAGAUAGCCAAACGGUCUUCUUUCAGGAUGAUGAGGAUGUUGAGACAGUAUUGAACAAAGAAACUUUGGGGCAAAGCAUGUUCACACAAUGGUUUGAGGCAAACAAAACUUUCCAAGAAGCUAAAUUGCUAACCUAUAUUGAGAUGCCCAAUAAAUUUGUGUGGAAGAAAAAUAUUCGUCAAUGGCAUCCACGUAAAAGAGGUUUUUCUAUUGGCCGUAUCUUUUAUGUUCCACCGGGUACUGGGGAAUUAUAUUAUCUCCGAUGUUUGUUGAACAUAGUCAGGGGCCCAACAACCUUUUCUGACAUAAGGUCAUAUAAUGGAGUAGGCCCAACAACCUUUUCUGACAUAAGGUCAUAUAAUGGAGUACAGUACAAUACUUUUAAGGAGGCAUGUUAUGCGCGGGGUUUAUUACAAGAUGAUAGGGAAUAUGUUGAUGCAAUAUUGGAAGCUAGCCAUUUUGCAACACCCCACUCACUAAGAAAGUUGUUUGUUACUCUGUUGUUGUCAAAUACAAUGGCACGUCCUGAAGUUGUAUGGGAGAAGAUAUAUUUCUAA